ACGAGAAGCAAACCUUAACCAAGUGAAUGUGAUAUGAUAUUUGCUGCCACCACAAAUUAACUUAAAGAAAUUUCCAACGUUUAUCCUUUUAAUAUCAGCUCCUUGUUGAUAUCUUUCUUUGCAUCUCCAUUGCAAGCUAAGUAGUUUCUUAUGGCUAUCACACGAGCUUCGUCGCGUCUAGCUACGAUGUUUGCCCACUUAUUGGCUGUGGCCAUGACUACCUUGGUACUUGUUUGGCUUUUACACUUCAGGGAAGGCCUUGCUUUUAGGUCUCACAUCAAACCGCAAAUUUUCAAUAUACACCCGCUUCUAAUGAUCAUUGGGGUCAUUGAGAUAGGAGGAGAAGCUAUCAUGGCAUACAAGACAAUCCCAGGAGCAAAAAGGACACAAAAGAAAGUGCAUUUGAUGCUGCAUCUAGUAGCUCUUAUCACUGGUAUAGUGGGAAUAUAUGCAGUUUUCAAGUUUCAUAAAGAGCUAUCAAUACCGCACCUCUAUACGUUUCAUUCAUGGCUCGGUAUAAGCACCAUAUGCCUGUAUGGUUUACAGUGGAUACUCUCUUUCAUCACAUUUGCAUUUCCGCAUUCUAAAUCAACAGCCAGAGCAGCAGUAGCACCAUGGCAUGUAUUUGGAGGCAUAGUCAUAUUUCUUCUAGCAAUAUGUACUGCUGUUAUGGGUUUGGUGGAAAAGUUCACCUUCUUGAAGCUUCAGCGAACCCAAGAAGCGCUCGUUGUGAACUUCACAGGAUUGAUGAUCAUAUUAUUCUCAAUUAUGGUUGGACUUGUGGUCACCUUUCCACGUCUGUAAUAUCUAAAUGUAGUGUACACAGCGCAAACAAAAAUAUUUUGAAUCAGCAUUCAAAAACUAAAUUAAGGUAGUACAAAUGUACAAUCAGUGGUCAUCAUUGGAACACAGGUAAGUCAGAAUUUAAAUGAGAAAUGAAAUUUCAAAAAAUUAUUGUAUAAUUGUAAACUGCCAUAGUGUCAUCCCAUAUUGAAGACAAAUCUAAUGUAUGAGUAGGAAAGUGAUAAAAUGUCUCCUUAUACAUGAAUACAUAUUGAUAAACACACUAGCACACAAACACAAUAUGGAAAAACCUAUGCUUAGUAAUGGGAUGGCACUUAAGAAUAUACAACUACCUUGCUGGCAUUUUACUUUACCAAGAUCAAUCUAUUGUCAGAGAAUGAUCUGAAGCAUUCACAUAGAGCAAUACGAAGUAUAAGUAUAUAGAAAGAGGUUUGAGAAUGGCAUAAAAUAAAAAGUUUGAAAGAAUAAAACACUAAUACAUCUCAAGCAGAGGAAAAAUAAGUUUAUCAAGACAAAUGCUAAUGGAAAACAUUCAAUAUAAUGAACGAUAUCAACACUGUUGUCACAAUCUGCUAGAGAUCCUUCUAGGCCUCCUGUGGUAUUCACUUACGCAAGGAAGAAGCAUGGCAAGGGCAGUAACAACAAUUGAUUUUGUAAGGGCAGAAGAGUCGGUUACUUUUAUAAUUCUGUUAAGAAAAGUUUGUUAUAGAGAGAGAAGAAUCUUUAGCUUGGAUUUAGCUGGCUAAGCUUAUUUAAGGGAGGGAUUUUCUGUUGUAAUAAUUAUGCUAAGAAUUUUGUUAAGCUUUGCUUAGUGGGAGAGUCCUUUCCUCUCGAAAGAAAGGUGUAUUGACUGUAAUCUGUUGAUCAGCAAUACAAUUUAUCCUCCUCCUUCCUUCUGAUUACUUGUUGUGUGUGGGUAGCUUGCAGGUCAGGCUAAUUCCUAGCACAAUCAAAGUCCAUUAUACCAAAGAAAGAGCUUAAUAUGAGCCAGCAGCUGACUGAGGUGAAAUGUGACACCCCACUCAAAGUGCCCAUGCAUCCUAGGAACACAAUUAAAGUCCAUUAUACCAAAGAGAGAGCUUAAUAUGAGCCAGCAGCAGACUAAGGUCAAAAAAAAAAAAAAAAAAAAAAA